AUGUCUGCGGCCGGGCUUCUGGGCGCCAAAAGAAGCUCCAGUGUGCUCAGUGUUGGAAGGAGGAAAUCCUCCGAUCCAGCCAACACUGACCUCCUGCGGGUUGUGGACGAUGCCCACCAACCGGGCCAGUCGGUGAUCCUGUGUGCUUUCACGACCCUGCCCACGGUCGCGGUGUGUGUCGAUAGUGGCGGCUCGGGAUACCAACUUUCCUUUAGGUAA